UCUCUCUCUCUCUCUCUCUCUCUCUCUAAACCGACCAUGUCUGGUGGUAAAAGUACUAGAAAGAAGGGAAGGAAGGACGAGAGCUCCAAGGAGGUGGAGGAGCUUCUGUCUGCGGCCGAGGACCAGAUGCUCCUCAACAUCAGCACCGGUUCCCACAUCACUCGCAAUACCUCAUUGGACAGCGACCUCGUCCGACGGUUGGAGGCCCUCAAAACGCCCUCAUCUUCUACAGGAAUUACGAGGGUGCCACCCAUGAAAGAUAGGGAAAGAGUCGUUGUUGUGAGUGCAGUAGUGGAUGAGGAAUUGCAGAGAAUUUUAGGGGAAGAUCUGUCCGCGAGGUUUUCUGCUCUCAAGGGUACUUCUUCUUCUAGAGAAUUCCAAGCGCGUCCCAAGAAAUUAGAUGAUGAUGAUGAUAAUGUUGAUGUUGAUGAUGAUGGGGUGUCCAAGGAGGUGGAUAAGCUUAUGCAGUGGGCGAUGGAUGAGGCUCGUCUCAAUCCUUCCAUGAGCAGCGAUGAUGAUGAUGAUGAUGAUGAUGUGAAGGAGCAAAGCAAGAAAGAUAAGGGGAAAAGGUAGGAUUUUUUUAGUUUUUGUUUUUGCUAUUAGUAUUUAAUAUUUUUUACUUUGUGAAAUGUGAAAUUCAUUAUAAUGAUGUAAUUGUCAGAAGCUAUCUAAGGCUCUGUUUGGAUGUAUAAUUGAAGUGGUUUGCAAUAGUGUUAAAUAAAGGGCCUGUUUGGAUAGGUGAA